ACAAAGAGGAGCAGAGGGAGGAAGGAAGGAAGACGAGAUGGAGAACGAGAGGGGCUUGCCUAAGGAGGUGGUCUUGAAGGAGGAGGUGACCGAAGAAGAGGAGGAGAUUACAGAGGAGGAGGAGAAAGAGGUUGAGGAGGAGGAGAAAGAGGUUGAAGAGGAGGAGAAAGAGGUUGAGGAGGAGGAGGAGGGGCAGAAGGUUGAGAAAGAGGAAGAACCGGAGAAGGCCAAGGAAGAAUGGGACGAAGAGGAGGUAAAACAGGAGGCAGCAGCCGAGUUCGAGAAGCUGGAUAGUCUGACGCUCCCCGAGGAUUUCAGCAAGCAGGAGGAGUAUUUCUGGAAGAUGCUGGACUCGAACUUGUACACCGACCUGGAAUCCAAGGAGUACCCACCCCGCAUAGCCAGCAUCGCCAGCCCCAGCCUGAGCCCCACGCCCCUGCAGACCCCCAACACCAGCCUGACCUGGAGCCAGAAGACCAGCACCAGCUCCUUCUCCAACCUCUCGGACAUGACAGGCAUCCCUGGGAAAGAGAGCUUCAUCUCCCUGCAAAGGAGCAGCCUCACCUCCAUGCAAAGGAGCAGUUUCAUCUCCCUGCAAAGGAGCAGCCACCACUCCCUGCAAAGGGACAGCCUCUCCUCCCAGCAAAGGGGCAGCCUCUCCUCCCAGCAAAGGGGCAGCCUCUCCCCCCUGCAAAGGGGCAGCCUCUCCCCCCUGCAAAGGAGCAGCCUCACCUCCCAGCAAAGGAGCAUCUCCUCCCAGAAAAGUUUUCCUAAAAUAUUUCAGAGAUUUAAGAACGACUCUGAAAUAAGUUUAGAUAGCUUUCAAAAACUGGCAGUUGGAAUUCCAACCGCAAUACAGACGGAAGAAAGUUGGCUUCAAGAACUAUUCAAAAAGCAUUCCAAGAAGAAAAUACCCCCUAAAGCAAAGGGGUACAAAUCUAAAGGCACAGUUCCUAAGUCAAGAGAAAAAUGGAUGAUCCGUCCAGAAGAGUCAAGUCUAAAUGUUUUAUGUGAGCUGGAGUUUAAGGAAGACUUUAUAUCCCUGUUUGAACCUUCUCUGAGAACAUUACCCAGCAUCGGGCCACCCUCCAUUCUGGCAUACAAACAUGAGAGUGCUAAGAGAGUCAUCAAACUGAAGAAAGAAGAGGAAGAGGAGCUACCACUCACGUGUGAAUUCUGUGGGAGCAAUCUGAGAAAGUUUCCUUCCGACGUGGACAUUUACUCUGACAACAUAAACGAAAUGGAACUCACUGCCUGUUGUAGUGAAUACCAACAUCUAAUUGACUUCAUCAGGGAGGAAAGGCAAAAAAGUGAAAGCAGUGAAACUGAACUAAUCUCCAUCAGUCCUCAUGCAGCCCACGGCAGUGAAGUUGAGCGGAUCAAAGCCAAGGAAAAGGCCCUUCAGAGAAAACAGGAGCGACAGAUGGCCAAACAAUAUGCAUUUAUAAGAACGGAACCGACUAUUUUUCCUGAAGAAGAUACCAGACAUAGUAAAAUCACUUAUCAACUCUCUUUGGAUAUUCCAAUAAUAGAAGAGGAGGAAGACAGACUAACAGAUUUUUCACUAGCGAGAAGAAACAUAUCCAUUGUUUGCUGUGACUCAAGGAUAGCAGGUGGAAAGAUCAUGAGGAAUGAACUCCUAGAGAGGUACUACAAACAUGGGGGCAAGUUUCUGACUUCAUUUCCAGACGGGACAACACAAAUAUUUUACCCCUCUGGAAACCUAGCCAUCAUCCAAGUGCCCAACAAGGUCCGGGGUUUCACUUGUAUAGUCCAAGAAGACGCGUCUAUGGAACCUGCAAUCCUGGCAGUGCUGAGCUCUUCUGGCAGAAGUUCCUGCUAUCAUCCUAACGGAAAUGUCUGGGUAUUCAUCAAUAUCUUGGGAGGUCAAUAUUCAGAUGAAACUGGCAACCGCAUAAGGGCCUGGAAUUGGUCAAGUUCCGUUGCUGCUGUUCCUUUUGUUUCCUUUAAGCCUGUCUUUCUGGCUUUGAACCGUUAUGUUGGACUUCGCAUCUUAGAGCAAGACAAGAUUUCAAUCACUUUUCUAGCAAUGGGCCAACAGGCAAAAAUCAGUGUCGGGACCAAAGUGAAGCUCCAGAAACCACAGGAGAUUCCACUUCAUCGAUACCUGAAUGGGGACGACCUUCUCCUACUGGCAAGCUUGAUAAAGAUUCGACGCUUGCUUCACAAGCUUGAAGGAUAUAUGAAUUUUCCCUCCAACCAGGUUUGGGAAAAAUUAAAGCAACCUUCUUAUAUUUCUUCACUUUCCCUAAGACUAAUGGCCCUUUGUCAGAAUUCUGGUAUAAAGAAAGAUAUAAUAGCAACAGUAACAGCUAUAAUAAAUGAAAGAAUUUAG